UAAAAAACUAUUAGUAAGAAGCUUUAAUCGAAUUUUUAAGAAUAAAUUAGUUUUCAUUUCCCUACUAAGUACUAACCCUCUAAUCCGCUAAGUAUAAAUAAGCACAUAAAUGAACUUGCAAAAUAAAAAAGGUCAACACACUCUUCUCUCUCUCUCUCUCUGACUUUUUCCCACAAAAAAGAUCUAGUCAUGGAUGAUUCCAAUUCCUCCACCCCAUCAUUACCACUAAUUCAUGAUUUUAGCCUUGAUUUUGUUGAAAAUGACAUUAAUUUUAAUCAUGUUAUUGAAAUGUUAAGAGGAUCUGAAACUUCUGAUCCUUCUAGUAUUUGUGUUAAUCAAAACUUUGAUCCUCUUUCUUUUACUAGAAAUAAUGAUGUUUCUGAUAAUUAUAGCAUGAAUUUCUACCCACUUUCCCAAGAUAACAAUGUUUUUAAUACUUUUAGUUCACCAACUAUGUCUUGUACCAACAAUACUAUGCUUAAUUCGUUGUCCGGGUUCGAAGAUGGUAGAGGAGGUGAAGAGGAGGAGGAGGAUGACGACGACGAUGAUGAUAACUUGGAGGCCGGAGAGCAUUCUUCGGCUACUACGAAGAAUACGUCGGGUUCUUCGAAGAAGGGGAAGCUCGAUCGAUCGAGGACGUUGGUUUCGGAGAGGAAGAGGAGAGGAAGGAUGAAGGAGAAGCUCUAUGCCCUUCGUGCCUUGGUUCCUAACAUCACUAAGAUGGACAAGGCAUCCAUAGUUGGCGACGCCGUGUUGUAUGUGCAAGACUUGCAAAUGCAAUCAAAGAAGCUAAAAUCUCAAAUAGAAGGCCUUGAAUCAUCUUUGAAAGCUGCUGAGAGAAGCCAAGGUUAUGCCGAUACCCCUAAGAAAAAUGCUUCUAUUGACAACUUUCUUCCGGUUUGUAAGAUGAUUGUGCAGAUGGAUGUGCUUCAAAUUGAAGAAAGAGAAUUUUAUGUGAAGGUGGUGAGUAACAAAGGACAAGGUGUAGCAGCGUCCCUUUACAAGGCGCUUGAUUCUUUGACUACGUUUACAAUCCGAAAUUCAAGCUUAAGCACUCUAUAUGAGCAAUUCGUACUCACAUUUACCCUAAAUGUUGCAAAAUGUAGGGAGGAAUUUAACUUGCCUAACAUGAAAGUGUGGAUAAGUGGGGCUUUUCUUAACCAAGGAUUUGAGUUUCAAUGUUUUUAAUUGAGGUUAUUCAUCAGCUCAAGAUGUUUAAUUUUCACAACUUUUGUAAUUUCUUUUAUGAUUUAUGUAGAUCUAGUUAUGUUAAAAGAAAAAGAAAAAAAAAAUUAGCUGCAUGCAUAACAAAAGGUCCAUAAGGAUGCUUGCUUUUGCAUUAUGGAGAUAUAGUUCCAACAAUGCUUGACAAUUAGAACUUUGCAAAAUUCAUAAAUUAGCUUCUAUUUUCUUGGUAAAUCUAUUAUAUCCAAUGUCAAUUCUUCAAGUUUGUAAUAUAUAAUUUUUUAUAUUAAAACAUACUUGAAACUAGAAGAGAAAUGGACUCUGACUCGAAGCUUAUGUAAACUUGGCCGAAAUUGACCCGACUUGUGUUAAAUUUAGGUCUCAAUAAAUUUCUC